AUGAGUGUGGUCGCAGAAGAAGUGGACAUUGCAGACGGGGUCCCCCGGUCACUAGCCACCGUCUUUGCGAAAAUCGAAGAGCAGAAUGCCGACGACCGUCCCACCAAGCGGCGCAAGGUCACAAAAUCGGGCCCCAAUAGCCUUUCUGAAGAAAAUGGAGUCUCUAUGACUGGAAUUCCCGUGGGAUACAUUCCACUAGCACGAUUGACACUGCGCAUGAAUUUUACAGAGGCUGGUACUCUGAAGCACGAAUACCCUUAUACCUCUGGCGAUGUCUCCCGCCGAAUUCCGGUCACUCUCGAAGUCGUCCGCGGCUAUCAACUCGACGAUGAUAAGGAUUUCUAUACGAUAGAUCUGAAAAGUACGGAUACUCAGAGGGCGGAGAUAUUUGUCUCUGAAUUCAAAGAAGCACGGCUGUUUAGGCUUCUGAAACAACUGGAACAUGCUCAAGGGCUUGCUUGCGCAGAUCGAUACUACAACCGGGUUCCGACAGCCUGCUACCAAUCCGCGAUAUGUGCCUCACCGACCCAAAACUCGAUAGAUUUAGAGACGGUUAUUCUCUGGAAAGAUUCUCUGGAAAUCCCUGAUUUUGUUCAUUUGCAAGAUCCUGUCCUGGAAACGUUUGCAAAAUACGUUCUUCAGGAGCAUUAUGACCGACCGUCUUCCGCUGCAAAAAGGCAGGAAAACCGAGAGAAGAUGCUGGGCACUUCUCGAACCUGGGCUCCUCGUGAAUUCUACGAAAGCGUUCACGUCCCCCCCAAUACAGAGAGCGCUUCCGCAAAAAUUAAAUGUCCACAGGUUGAGUGUGAGCUGUUCCCAUUUCAAAGGAGGGCUGUACGCUGGAUGUUAUGGAGAGAAGGAAAGGCGCUUCAGCCAGAUGGGACAGUGGUUCCUAUUGAAAAGGCCUCGAAGGAUGGGCUCCCGCCGUCCUUUAAGGAGAUGAAGGAUGCCGACGGCCGAACUUGCCUCUUUAGUCACCUGUUCAUGACUGUCACAACAGACUUUUCCAGGUGGUAUGACGCCGGUCUUCAUCUGAAAGGCGGGAUUUUGGCGGAAGAGAUGGGCUUGGGCAAGACGGUUGAGAUGAUCACGCUCAUAUGCCUCAACCGCUUUUCCUCUUCAGAGGUACAGUUGAAGCCCGACCCAGAUGGAGAUGGGUUGAAGUUGUCUGGUGCAACUCUCAUCAUCACCCCUCCGGCAAUUCUCGAACAAUGGAAACAGGAAAUUGAGCAGCAUGCCCCGAAUCUCCGUGUUCACCAUUAUACCGGUAUCAAGCGUGGCCAAGAUGAAUCAGAUCAGAAUAUUGUGGACGAGCUUGCAGGUUAUGAUGUCGUUCUCACCACCUACAACGUUAUUGCACGCGAAAUCCAUUACGCUGGCGCGGCCCCCAAACGAAGCUUUCGUCACGAAAAGAGGUUCGAGGCUCGGAAAACACCUUUGGUCCGCAUCUCCUGGUGGCGUGUAUGUCUCGACGAAGCACAAAUGAUCGAGAGUGGAGUUAGCAACGCAGCCAAAGUGGCUCGGCUGGUUCCUCGACACAAUGCGUGGGCUGUGACUGGUACACCGCUUCGGAAAAACAUAGAUGAUCUGUUUGGUCUUCUAUUGUUCCUCCAUUACAGCCCAUUCUGCUUUUCCAAUUCUUUAUGGAAACGACUGUACUCGCGAUUCGGAUCGGUGUUGGUGAGCAUUAUCGGCACAAUAGCUCUAAGACACAGCAAAGACCGUGUGCGCGAUGAGCUUCAUCUACCUCCUCAGAAGCGCAUAGUUAUCACCGUUCCGUUCACCGCGGUGGAGGAGCAGCAUUACGGACAACUGUUUGAGCAAAUGUGCGAGGAGUGUGGUCUCAAUGCCUCAGGCGCCCCCAUUCGCGGAGAUUGGAAUCCCAGCGAUCCCGGUACUGUCGAAAGAAUGCGCUCUUGGUUGACCAGACUUCGACAAACCUGCCUUCAUCCUGAAGUGAGCGGCAGCAACCGUCGAGCGCUGGGAGGCAAUGGUCCUUUGCGAACCGUAGACGAAGUCUUGGAAGUCAUGAUCGAGUCUACUGAUACAGCCAUUCGCGCUGAAGAACGCACACUUUUGCUAUCCCAACUUCGGCGGGGCCAACUGCUCGAAAAUGCGAAGCGUCGUAAAGAGUCCCUCGCUCUCUGGCAGAAAGCCCUUGAUCAUGCGACUGAGCUGGUCGAAGACAGCCGAAACCAAUUGCGCUUGCAGCGCCUAGUGAACCGGGAAGGUGCUUCGGACGCCGAUGAAAGCACAGCGACAGCUGACGGCAUGAGUGACGACGAGAACGAAGAAGUUGACAAAAACAGUCGCAUCGGCCAGUGCCGCCUGAAGCUGCGAGCUGCUCUUGAGGUCCAGCACAUUGCUGUAUUCUUCACAGCGAAUGCGUACUACCAGAUCAAGACGGAUACCAAUCUCACCGAACCCGACUCCGAAGAAUUUAAAGCACUCGAGAAAAAGGAAGAAGAGGGAUACGAGGCUGCAAAGCUGAUCCGUAAAGAGAUGCUGACCGACAUCUCCCGGAAGACCGAGCGGUACAUGAAAAUCAUCAAAACAAAAGUGCAGAAAAAGGAAUUGGUGCACAUCCCAAAGAUGAAACCUCAGCUCUUCAGCCGGGGACUCGAGUCUUACAGGCUGCUCAACAAAUUCGAAGACUUGUGCGAAGCCUUGAAUGCCCAUGCCGAGCAAUACAACAAAUGGCGCGAUGUCAUGAUCAAGCUUGUUUCGCAGUCUCUUAUCGACCAGGAGGAAGAUGCACAACUUGAGGGCAACGAAUACGAGACGUCGACAAAGCAUCAAGACGAGAUGUACGUGUAUAUGGAGGCCUUGCGCUCCAUGUACGCAGAUCGCCACGAUGCUCUUACUGGACAAAAGAACAUUCUCAUUUCCCACGAGGUCAAGGCCGGUAUUGUUCAGGCUCAAAAAGGUGAUGGACCAUCACCCAAACUUUUCCUCGAGAUCAUGAACCGUCGCAGUGAACUCAAGCCCGACCCCGAGCUGGGGUCCUUGCGUGGCCUUGUCAGUGAGCUUCGGAGUAUGACCACCACUCUUGAAUGGCAGGCCAAUAGCGGAAGCUCGCGUGCUCGCGCAGAGCUUGAACUGAUUGAGAUGGUGUUGAAGAACGCUGGCCAGAUGGCCGCAGAGCAGCUCAAAGUCUCCUCCAGCUUGGAAAGAGAGGUGGAAAUGUUCCGCGAUACUAUGAACAAUCGGUUGGAGUACUACCGCCACCUGCAGCAGAUUUCCGACACCGUCGCUCCGUACGAUGAAGAGAGCUCCGGGAAGCCAUUGGAUGAUGCUCUUUUUGCGCAAAAGCUCCGCCAUGAAGAAACUUUGGAUGGCAAAAUUGCUUCAUUGAAAUCCAAGAGACGAUAUCUUAUUCAUCUCAGAGACGAGACUAACUCUGACGAUAAUUCUCAGAUCUGCAUCAUUUGUCAGUCCAGUUUUGAAAUCGGUGUGUUGACUGUGUGCGGCCACAAAUAUUGUUCUGAUUGCCUACGGCUGUGGUGGCGACAACACCGGACCUGUCCGAUGUGUAAGAAGUCCUUGAAGUUCAGGGAUUUCCAUCAAAUCACGUACAAACCAGAAGAGCUUGUUGCGCAGGAGGAAGAGUCGCCCGUCAAGUUCGAUCAUGAGCGACAUUCCAACAAUGCUAUCUACAGCGAUAUCAACUCUGGACUUCUCCGAGAGAUCAAGCUCAUUGACCUGAAUGGCUCUUUCGGGACCAAGGUCGAUACCCUCGCUCGUCAUAUCAUGUGGCUGCGCGAGCAUGACCCAGGGACCAAAUCUAUUGUCUUCUCUCAAUACAAGAACUUCUUGACCGUAUUGGAAAGAGCCUUCCAGAGAUUCGGAAUUGUGAACAGCAGCGUCGAUGCUCCCGGUGGUAUCGAACGAUUCAAGAAGGAUCCUGCGGUUGAAUGUUUCUUGCUACAUGGCAAAGCACAAUCUUCCGGUCUGACCUUGAUUAACGCGACCCAUGUGUUCCUGUGCGAGCCACUCAUCAACACCGCGAUCGAGCUUCAGGCAAUUGCGCGUGUUCACCGAAUCGGCCAGCACCGCCCUACUACGGUGUGGAUGUAUCUUGUCUCCGGUACUGUGGAGGAAUCGAUCUAUGAGCUCUCGGUAGCGCGUCGACUGGCCCACAUCAUCGAGAAAGAGAAGAAAGCUAAGCGCAGGAAUUCAACCCUGCCUUCCGAUGUCGAUGAUGCUCUGAUCAACAAUCUCAGUGAGACGGCCAUCGACUCUGCGAAUUCACUGGAAAUGCAAGACGCUAGCCUCACUAAUUUGAUGGCGAGCGGCUCCUCGGGUGGGGAGCUGGUGAAGCAAGACGAUCUCUGGCAGUGUCUGUUUGGGAAUUCGGGCCACAAGGAUAGCCACGGUUAUUCGACGGCUGCUGAGCAGGAGGUUGGCAGGUUCUUACGAGGCGAAGCUGCGGAGCAGCGAAGAGAGUGA